AUGCGUGAAGUCAUCAGCUUGCACGUCGGCCAGGCCGGCUGCCAGCUCGGAAACGCAUGCUGGGAACUCUACACGAUCGAACAUGGCUUGAGCCCCGACGGAAAAAUCACCUCGCCCACCGCCAGGGGGGACGACGGCUUCAGCACCUUCUUCAGCGAGACCGGCGCGGGGAAAUACGUGCCCAGGAGCAUCUACAUCGACUUGGAACCCAACGUCGUCGACGAGGUCCGCACCGGAACCUACCGGAGCCUCUUCCACCCCGAAACCCUCGUCACCGGCAAAGAAGAUGCCGCCAACAACUACGCUCGGGGCCACUACACCGUCGGAAAGGAGCUCAUCGACAUCUCCAUGGACCGCAUCCGAAAGCUGGCCGACAACUGCACCGGCCUCCAGGGCUUCUUCGUCUUCCACUCCUUCGGCGGCGGCACCGGCUCCGGCUUCGGCGCCCUCCUCCUCGAGAGACUCAGUGCCGACUACGGCAAGAAGUCCAAGCUCGAGUUCGCCGUCUACCCGGCCCCGAAGAUGUCCAGCUCGGUCGUCGAGCCCUACAACUCCGUCCUCACCACCCACACCACCCUCGAACACGUCGACUGUUCCUUCAUGGUCGACAACGAGGCCAUCUACGACAUCUGUCGCAAGAACCUCGGCGUCCAGUCCCCCGGGUUCACCAACCUCAACAGGCUCAUCGCCCAGGUCGUCUCCUCCGUCACCGCCUCCUUGCGCUUCGACGGCAGCCUGAACGUCGACCUCAACGAGUUCCAGACCAACCUCGUCCCCUUCCCCCGCAUCCACUUCCCCCUGGCCACCUAUGCCCCCAUCAUCUCCGCCGAGAAAGCCUUCCACGAAUCCAACAGCGUCGCCGAGAUGACCAUGUCCUGCUUCGAGCCCAACAACCAGAUGGUCAAGUGCGACCCCCGCCAGGGCAAAUACAUGUCCUGUGCCCUCCUCUACCGCGGGGAUGUCGUCCCCAGAGACGCCAAUGCCGCCGUCGCCACCAUCAAGACCAAGCGCACCAUCCAGUUCGUCGACUGGUGCCCGACCGGCUUCAAGCUCGGUAUCUGUAACGAGGCCCCCGCGUGCGUGCCCGGCUCAGACACCGCCAAAGUCAGUCGCAGCUUGUGCAUGCUCAGCAACACCACCGCCAUCGCUGCCGCCUGGAGCAGACUCGACCACAAGUUCGACUUGCUCUACUCCAAACGCGCCUUCGUCCAUUGGUAUGUCGGCGAAGGCAUGGAAGAGGGCGAGUUCUCCGAGGCCCGUGAGGACUUGGCCGCGCUCGAGAAGGACUACGAGGAGGUCGGCCUGGACGGCGGCGAUGAAGAGGACGUGGGCGAAUACUAG